AUGAGUGACUCCAAAUCUACAAAGGCUGCCGCAAAGGCUGCUGCAAAGGCUGCUGAGAAGGCAUUGCGCCUGUCUAACAAUGUGUGGGCCAAUAAGUAUUUUGCCAUCGCUACCGGUGCAAUCAUGGUUCUUUUUGUCAUAUACCACUGGUCAAGUGUGAUUCACUUUCAUUAUGGUCGAAGGAACAGUCAUCCUACAUUGACUCGGAAGUAUAGUUCAACUAUGGGAUUAAGGACAGACCGAUCUAUUCUGUAUAUCAUCUACUGGGCUAUCAACUUGAUCAUCGCUUUAACCAAUAUUGACGUUACAAAUAUCACCUAUAUUUCCAAACGACUUGGCUGGGUUUCAAUCGCAAACUUGGUGCUUCUGGUCUUCUUGGCCUUGAAGAAUACGCCACUCGCGCCCUUGGCAGCUACAUCCUACGAAAAGCUCCGCCCGCUACACAAGGUUGCCGGUUACACUUGCAUCUUCACAAGUGUCCUGCAUAGCAUAGUGUAUCUAUCUGCCUGGUCGGAGAGCGGAAGCCUGCACAAAAUGGGAGAAGCGGCCAAUUUUUCCGGCGCAAUUGCAGGUUUUGCUAUGGUGAUCAUUGGCUUUUCAACUAUCACAUACUUCAUGCGGGGGUGUUAUGAACUCUUCUAUAUGCUGCACCUAAUCAUGUUCAUCUUGAUUAUGAUCACCGUCGGAAUGCACCGUCCGGAUUUUUCAACCCACACGGUGAUUAUCGUCAUUUUCACUGCCUGUCUUUGGAUGACGGACCGCAUCAUCCGCGGCGCAAAGAUAGUUUGGAACUUCUUCGGAAAUUCUCUCACUGUCACGGCUUUGCCCAACAAUGCCCUUCGGGUGAAACUCAGCCGUCGCAUGCACUCCACCCCAGGUUCCCAUGCAUUCUUGUGGGUUCCUGCCAUUCGCUGGGUUGAAAGCCAUCCGUUCACUCUAGUGUCUUCGAACCCAUCCGAGUUCGUCAUUAGAGUGUACGAUGGCUUUACGCGGGAUUUGUACAAAGCCGCCCAAGAAGCCCCUGGGAGAUCUCUCCGCUGUUCUGUAGACGGUGCUUAUGGUCAAGUCCCCAACUUCAAAGUGUUUGACAAAGUCGUUCUUGUCGCUGGUGGCAGCGGUGCUAGCUUCACUUUUGCUAUUGCACUAGACCUGAUCGAGGCAUCCAAUAAGGCAGUGAAGUCGAUUGACUUUAUUUGGAUUGUGAGAAAUCAAGAGAGCCUCGAAUGGUUUGCCCAAGAGCUCAAACAACUUCAGUCCCACCCAGAAGUAAAUGUGCUCAUCCACGUCACCCGUCAGGCUGACCUGUCCGGCACAUCGUCACCCUCAUCCCCAGCCUCGUUGUCAGAAAAAGUUGCUGCAAAGGACGAUGUGAUCCUAACAGAACCCUCUGCGGUCUUCUCAACGAAUGAUCCCGAGAAAGGCGUUGAGCAACAGUCUACAGACAGUAUUCCUUCUUCAGUCAACCAGAUUUUGCCAGGGCGCCCGAAUAUUCGCAACUUGAUCGCGGCCGCUGCCAGUGGAAGCGGCAACCCAGAAUACCGCAUCAUUGUUGGUGCUUGUGGUCCCAGUGAGCUUAUGAGCACAACAAGAAAGGCUGUUAACGAUGAUUUGCUCAAUGGCGGACCAUCAAUCACACUCUACACUGAGGAAUUUGAAUGGUGA